AUGGUUAUACACAGCCGCCGGAGGCGUGGGCACCGAUACAGACGCCAGAUCGUGGCCAGACGACGCGGCCCCUGGGCCCAAUGGAUGCUGACCUCCACUAGCAGGCGACAAUUCAAUCACUUUACUUUGAAGUGCCAAAGUGUAAUCUCUCAAUUGAAGGUUGUCUGCUCUCAAUUCCUCGAUAGUCUGUUUCAAUUGGUUGACCUCAGCAGCCUGGGCCUCCAAAUCCUUGAUAUACUUCUCCUUCCUCUGACGGAACGCCUUCUGUGCAGACCGGUUCUGCGCAGCCCGUUUCGUGUUAGAUACAGGACGGUUGCCGCGGUUCACAGCGGCCUUCUCAACGUCCUGGUCGUGCGCGGCCCGAACAGCCUGCUGGAUGGCAUCUCUCUGCUGUUGUUUGUCGACAUUUUGUCCGCCCCGAACAUGAUGAUGAUCUGGGUGUUGGGGACCGUCACGUGGACCGGUGCCCUGAUGCUGGGCAUUAGCAACAGCUGCUGCAGUAACUGCAUCUACAGUAGUAAAAUCGGCAUCUUGGUGUCGAGCAAACGUAGGAUCUAUUUGCUCUUCUCCUGGUUCUGCUGUGGUUUCCUCUUUGGGCCAGCCUUCAAAGUUGGCGUUCAUGGUGGUGAUGGUUGCAAAAGUUGCUGUGCCUUAUGUAAACGAUGA